CAAUUUUUAGCGGUGGUGGUCAGUGCCCCUAUUUGAAAAGUAAAGCCAAAUUGACACUGUUUUAAAAAACAAUUUGCUUGCUAGAAUAGACACUGCCAGUUCAUUACAUCUAUGGGAAAUCACAGUAAACCGUGUGGUGUCUACAAAAACAGAUUCAGGACUUCUGUAUUAUAUAUACUUAAAUAUUUGUGGUUCUGUUUUUCUCAGUGUGUGUUCUGUAUCCAUUAUGUUAGUACAAGCUGUUUGAGAGCACAGGGAAUGCAGUAGAUACACACAGACGCUCAGACAUUGCAUUCACUUUCAAAAUGAAAAAUGUAACUACAAUACUUACCGAAAUUUAACUUCCCUCGUUACUAUGGGCAGCCUAUACACCUGGGUUUUCCCCGCCCCCUUACCAAUGAUAGGACAGAAACCAAAUUGUUAUUCCACCUACCUAUAUAGUACACCCCCCCUGUAGGCCCCAGUCUUCUGGGGGGGGGUUACUGCCCAUAGUAACCAGGAAAGAAAAAUUUCGGUUUGUGUAUAAAACAUUUGUCUAUUCAUAAUGCCAUAUCUGGGGUCAGAGGAUGCUGUGAAGGAACUUAAAAGAGCACUGUCAAAUCCUCAUAUCCAGGCAGAUAGAUUGCGAUAUAGAAAUGUUAUUCACAAGGUUAUCAGGCAUAUGACUCAAGGAGUGGAUGUGUCCAGUGUGUUCAUGGAGAUGGUUAAGGCAAGUGCGACUGUAGAUAUUGUGCAGAAGAAGUUGGUCUACCUAUACAUGUGCACAUAUGCCUGUCAGAAACCUGAUCUGGCACUAUUAGCCAUUAACACUCUAUGCAAAGAUUGCUCCGAUCCAAACCCCAUGGUAAGAGGAUUGGCAUUGCGAAGCAUGUGCAACCUCAGAAUGCCAGGUAUAAAUGAGUAUAUACAGCAGCCUAUAUCCAGUGGCCUUCGGGAUAAAGCAUCAUAUGUGAGAAGAGUUGCAGUGUUGGGAUGUGCAAAAAUGCAUUCACAGCAAGGUGAUGUGGAAGUAGAUGGGACUGUAGUGAAUGAACUGUACAGUCUACUGAGAGACCCAGAUCCUAUUGUCUUGGUGAACUGUUUACGUGCAUUAGAGGAAAUCCUAAAAGGAGAAGGUGGAGUUGUAAUCAACAAACCGAUUGCUCAUCAUUUAUUGAACAGAAUGGCUGAACUGGAUCAGUGGGGACAAAGUGAAGUUUUAGGUUUCCUCCUUCGAUACAACCCUAGAACUGAAGAAGAACUCUUUGACAUCUUAAACUUACUAGAUAACUUUUUAAAGAGUAACCAUACCAGUGUAGUUAUGGGAGCCACUAAGCUCUUUCUGGUUCUUGCAGUGGAAUUUUCUAGUGUGCAAAGAGAUGUUCUAGGCCGGUUAAAAGGUCCACUCCUUACUGCUUCGGCUUCUGAAAGCAAAGAAAUGUGUUUUGUUGCCCUUUGCCAUGUUCGAGAGAUUCUGAGUAGCAUGCCUGGCCAUUUUAGUAGCCACUAUAAAAAAUUUUUCUCUUCAUACAAUGAUCCACAUUAUAUCAAAAGUCAGAAGAUGGACAUUCUUUGCGAGUUAGUGAAUGAUGAAAAUGUGAACAAUAUUCUGGAGGAGCUAAGAAUUUGCUGCACUGAUGUAUCAGUACAACUUGCACAAACUGCUAUUUUUGCUAUAGGCCGCAUUGCAAAAACGUAUAGUGAGAAAUGUGUGAAAAUCUUGUCACAGCUUCUUGAAUUUAAUCAAGAGCACAUUACCUCAGCUGUCAUACAGACUUUCCGAGAUCUUGUUUGGCUACGUCCACAGUGCAUUACAAAAGUGUGUCCUGCUCUUCCUGGUUGUGAAGAAAUCAUUCAAGAUAAUGAGGGGAAACUUGCCCUAAUUUGGCUUUUGGGGAUGCAUGGAGAUCUAAUAUUAAAUGUUCCUUAUAUCCUGGAAGACUAUGUAGAUAACAUUAAGACAGAGACAUCUCCUUUAGUAAAAAUAGAGCUGCUGUCUGCCCUGGUUCGGCUGUUUCUCUCUCGCCCAGCUGAAUGUCAGGACAUGCUAGGGCGUCUGAUUUAUUACUGUAUAGAAGAGGAAAUUGACAUGGCUGUACGGGAUCAAGGGCUUUUCUACUACCGGCUUUUAGCAACUGGUGUAAAUGAGGCUAAGCAAGUGAUGAACAGUCCAAAAUCUGAUCCAACAUUAAGCGUCUUGGUAGAACAAACAAACCAGCCAAUCAAUACCUGGGUUCCAGAUUUUAACACUUUGAUGCCUCUGUGUGAUAGAAAGCAUGGAGUAUCUUUGACUGCCGGGUCAGAAGAGGCUGUUGUUCCCUUUGCUAGUGAUCACCUUGUGUCUGAAGAAAUAAAUUCUGGAAAUUCACUAGAGCCUGCUGACCUCACUCUACAGAGCAACUUCACAAUCACACCAGAGGUAUACGAGAUGUCAUGGUCGUCUACAGAUACAGCUUGUGAAUGUUCCUUCAACUGGAAAACUGAUAUGCAACCAGACAUACUUCAGACAUCAUUACAUUUGAUGAACAUAUUUACCAUUGCUAAAAGCAAGACUGGUGCAAAUCCAUGGAAAGCUUAUCUUUAUGCAAAGGAUAAUUCUGGGAAUUUAUUUCUAAUAGAGCUUAGGCUCUUUGUAGAUGCACCUUCGCUGGAGGUGUCAGUAAAGCAGAGCUCAAAAAAUGACCAUGUUCUUCAACAUUUUAUGACAAUUUUAAGAACUGCAGUUUCAGCAAUACUGGAUUUGUCCUAAGCAUAUCUGAUAUUCUUAUUAGAAUAAUGUGAAAUGAAAGAAAAAUGUGGUUGGGCUCGUGAGCUUUCAGCAGUAUAAAGCUGUUCAACAUGGCAUAAAGGGGCACAAUGUUGCAUGUCAACAAUUCAGUCUUUGCCAUGUGAUGUCUCAAUUUAAAUUAUGCGUGGCUUCUGUAUUUUUUACACAAACUUUUGAUUGUUGUAUUUUCCUGUGAUAUUUUAAAAUAAAAAAUCAUGGUAUCA